AUGAGUUCUUCAAGUCCGCCGUCGGGUUCUGGAUCGGAUCAUCCGCCGCUAAAACAGCCCCAAAUACUCCAAAUCUCCCAACAAUCCCGGAAUAUCAAGAAGCCCCCGCUGCCGCCGGGAGCCCCCAAACCCCGGCCGCCGCUGCUAACGGUCAAAAAGAAGACCGAAACCCCACCCUCCUACCACCCUUUUCCUCCUCUUCCUCCUUCUUCUUCGACGGUCCGGCCGGCGGAAGUCAUGCCGUUGCCGGGUUCUUCCGAUUACAAUAUUAUUGCUCCGCCGUUGCCCAUGUUCAAGACUCCUCCACCCAACCUUCACUACAGACCGGAAAUUCCAGACUCCGACGCCGACUAA